AUAGUCGUAAAUUCUCUUAUAAAGAUAUGUAUAUACAUAUGUACACAGGUAGAAGUACUUAAGUUUAAAGGCGCUGCGUAGCAUCCUCUAGCAGUAUAGUAUAUAGAUAACACACAAAUAAUUGUUAAUAGUGAGAUUAAAGCGUUAUGAUAAAUUUACAUCGAUACAAGGUAGUGAAAAUUUUAUUGAAAUGUUAUCGAACAAACAUAAUUCGGUUGAAAAGUAAUGGAAAGCAUCCUACUGCUGGAAUAAUCGUAAUCGGAGAUGAAAUUUUAAAAGCGCAAGUAAAAGAUACUAAUUGUUUUUAUGCGUGUAAGCUGCUUUAUAAUCAUGGAGUCAAGGUUCAGAAAACUGCGGUCGUACGAGAUAAUCUUGAAGAUAUUUCCAAAGAGAUAAAAUACUUUUCUAAAAUGUUCAACUAUGUUUUUACAUCCGGUGGUAUAGGACCAACUCACGAUGAUGUUACAUAUGAAGCUUUAGCAUUGGCCUUUAACGAUUCAUUGCACUAUCACCCAACACUAGUGAAAAUUAUAAAAGAUUGCUUCAGUUGUGGAACUUUUCCUUCACCGGCUUAUAAAAUGGCAUAUAUACCCACUAAAUCUGUACUUAAAUUUGGGAUAGACCAAGUCACAGGUAAAAAGCUGACUUAUCCGUGUAUAAUGGUGGAAAAUGUUUACAUCUUCCCUGGCUCACCCAUGUUUUUUGAAACAUCAUUUCAGGCAUUUUGCAAGGAAUGUUUUGCUAGCUACAAAAGUUUUGCAGCAACCGAAGUUUAUAUAAAUGCAAAAGAGGAAUCAUUCGCAGAUGUUUUAUAUGCAGUUGCACAAGAAUGUCCAACUGUUACCUUCGGCUCGUAUCCGGAAUGGAAUAGGUAUUAUAAAGCGCGUGUGACCAUAGAAAGUGAAAACGAAAAAGAUACUGAAACAGCAAAAACAAUGUUUUGUAAUCGUAUUCCGAGAAAUGUAUUAGUACAUUAUGAUCGUAUGCCACAUGUGGAUUGUCUAUCAAAGUACGAAGCAUGGAUUGAAAAGUCCCAACGUCGAUCAUUUUAUGAGCGUUCCUUCAAGACAUUCGUAAAUUAUUAUAAGAAACCUGAAAAUGUUUGGAUAUAUUUGGAUGGUAGCGAAGAGUCAGUCCUUAUGAUACAUCUUGCUCGAAUCGCCAGUAACAAACUGCAACAUUGUUCGAAGCUCAAACUGCGUGCAAUUUGUUUUAAAUCUGAUAUAUUAAAGUCGGGCACUGACGAAUUCUUUCACGAACUUAAGAACAGAUAUAAUAUCGAGCUAUGUAAGUUAGAACAUUUGGAAAGCGAUGCCACUGACACGAUAAACAAUUUCGCUGUGUUAAAACCAGAAUUACAAGUGUUAUUGGUUGGAAAACGGUUGAAUAACAAUAAAAGAGUAAUGUACGAUGAUCUUGCUCGAUUAAACGACGACAGUUCUAAGUCUGUGCAAGUACAUUUUCCACUCACUGAUUGGACAGAUGACGAUAUUAAAGAUUUCUUUAGCUCACUCUGUUUACCAUACUAUACAAAAGAAACGUAUUAAAAUCGAUAAGUAUGGGGCAGAAAAAUAAGAGCAAGAAUAAACCAAAAUAUGCUGCUAAUGGAAGUGUAACCGAGAUAGCUGUAUCUCGUAUUAAAUUUUACAUUAAUUGAUUGAUUCAAUAGCAGAUUAUUGUAUGAUCAAUGGUCUUCUUUCAUACAACAAAGAAGUAAAUAAAAACAAAUUCACACCAAA